CUUGACGUGCCAAAAUCGAUAUAUAGUAUACAAUAGCUAUCAUUUUGCUAUUAUUGUCACGUGCCGUCACGCAAUCAGGAACCAUACCCAUACAACAGGUAAUCAGUCUCUUACGGAGUCGUGGUAUUUGAAUACCUUAAGUGAUACAUCUACGAAGAUGGGAGAAAUUUGACUAAAAUGACAAAAACAAGAACAAUGUAUAUAUCUGAUAGAUCUAUAUUGCGGAUAUGGAUUACAGUGGAAGUGUAACAAGGGGAUAAACAUGAUCACUGAUAUACAAAUACAGUUGUCUGUAUUUUUAUUGUUCACCGUUACGUCCACUUAUGCAAAUUCCGCCCAGGAUGCCCUCACUGCCUUAGCAUACGUUCAGAGAGUUGAAACUGAGAAUUGCACUGGCGGAACUAAUGAGGUCCUCCCAGUUCAAUUUAGUCAGGAUGUCUGGAGUGAAUACGCGAACGUUGCAGUCAGGACUGCGAACCUCUUAUCCAAGAGCCUCACACUAAACGGAGGAACCUUCUCGGCCGACAAGGAGUCGUUUUUGUUUGAUGUCGUUAGAAACAACGUGGCGGGAAAUACAUUGAUAUUUGGUUCUGCUAUUGCUGUAGAAGAUUGGGUCUACACUCCUUAUCAAACAUUUUGUCCAUAUAGCUACAAAGAUGAAUUUGUCCACGCGUUUGAUUUGUCAUUGAGUUAUGAUUAUAUGGACAACGGAACCGAGUGGUAUCACACGCUCAGGGUAAAGGACUGGUCCAACUCACCCCUCACCAAAGAUAAAGUCAAAUAUAGGUUAAAUUCUACACACCAUGCUAUAGAAAUUGACUUCGUUCAACCCACAGUUGAUAUAGCUGAUGGGCAUUGGACAUAUCCCUACUAUGACUGUGGUGGUGGUAACAUAUGGAUGGUGACUUACUCUUCGCCAAUAUUGAUGGUUGAUUCUUCUCCACCAGGGAAUGUUAUAUUCAAAGGCAUCGCCACUAUAGAUAUAGAGCUGACAAACAUUGAUAUAAACCAGUGUGAUCCUGAGGAGUUUACACCAGAAUAUGUUGAUGAAGGUGCUGACGACAUAUUCCGGGGAACGCAUAGCUGUAGAGAGUCUACUAAGUGUGUACCUGUUAGUGGCCUUGGACUUACACGCGGUGCAUACGAUUGCUACUGUAAGGAUGGGUACUACUUUCCGCAUAGCUCUGUAACUAAGAAGGCAUUUGAAGGCCUUAUGGUGGAGCUUUCUAUCAACACAAAUGAUACCUCACUUGAUUUCGAAUGCAUAAGAUGUGCGGAAGGAUGCGACACUUGUGUCGACGACUCUCCAUGUCUGUACUACCACAACAUAGCUAUUCGUCUCGUAGUAUUGGUACUGGUACUAGUCAUGUUGGUUCUGAUAGCACUUACCGCUAUACUCAUACGAGUAUACAGAGAAUAUAGGGCAAUAAGAUCGGGAAGUCCUAUGUUCUUAUAUAUCAUGUGCUUGGGAGCGACGUUGCUGUGCCUCUCCAUGUUUAUUGCUUAUCCAGAGCCUACUGGUAUUUUGUGCAUAAUCAAACCUUGGCCACAUCUAAUGGGAUUUACAUUUGCAUACGGAGCCUUGCUCCUCAAAACAUGGAGAGUUUCUGCAAUUUUCCGAGUGAAAUCCGCCAAAAGGGUUAACCUCACUGACAAGGUCCUUGCUCAAAGAUUGAUCCCAAUAGUUGGUGUAACUACAGUGUUUCUAGUUGUGUGGUCGGUGGCAGGCACUCCGACAGUGAUGGAGAGGCGUACCGACACAACAGAUUUAAAAUGGAAAGAUUGUGACGAUGGUUUAUGGAAGUAUGGCGCACUUGGAGGGAAAGCAGUGCUGCUUCUCUGGGGAGCCUACUUAUGUCAUGUUGUGAGGAAGGCGCCUUCCAACUUUAAUGAAAGCAAGUACAUCACGUGGGCGAUCUACAACAAUGUCAUUCUUGAUAGCUUCAUGAUUAUCAUCAAACAGCUGAUUGUUGUAAAGCAGGGGCCAGAUCUAGUCUACUUGAUGCAAUUCAUUCAGCUGCAAAUCUCCGUGACAUUCAUGAUGUGUCUCAUUUUCAUACCAAAGUUUGCAGCCCUGAAACACGCUAUGAAUUACCCAGAGCAGGAGAAAUCCUUAAGUACCCAGGGAGCAUCACAAGCAACUUCUACAGUUGGAGUACUGCAAAUCAGUAACAAAGAUGUUGCCGUACAAACCCAGGAGGAACCAUCUGUGGCUUAAGGACAAUUUAUUAUGAAUCGUGAAGUCUGAAAUUGAUGUCUUAAAUUUGACCCGAAUCAACAACAAAAAACAAUGCUAUGGACUGUGUGUUGGUUCAUAAAGUAAUGUUACUAUGAGUUGACAAGGAGGAAGAUCGUUUCAAGAAGUUGUUGAAUUCAUGAUUCUACAUUUUCCAAAUAUGUUGGGGAACACUUCCUACGAACCUUUUAACCGAGACUUGUACGCGCAAUGUUGUCUGUGUUCCACU